AUGUCAACAACAAAACGGCCUCCUUCUGGCUCCUUUGGGAGCUCACAAUUGGUCGUAAAGAGACAAAAGUCUGGUGCAAACCUUAGUGAUGGAAACGAUGCGGCCAAACCGAAUAGUCGCUCAGCGGGAGGCCACUCUGGCGAGAUAUUCGCUGCCAGAUUCGAUCCCACCGGCCAACACAUCGCUUCCGGCUCUAUGGAUCGCUCUAUACUCAUCUGGCGUACAUACGGCUCUUGUGAAAAUUUUGGCCAAUUGACAGGCCAUAAGUCCGCCGUUCUUUCUCUGCAUUGGUCCCGUGACUCUUCAUGCAUCUUCUCGGCCUCCGCGGACAUGACUCUUGCUUCGUGGGACUUAGAAUCAGGUCAACGGAUACGGAAACAUGAGGGACAUACAGAAAUAGUCAACGAUAUUACCGCCUCUCCUCGAGGUGAAGAAAUCCUUCUAUCCGCAUCUGAUGACGGAUGUAUUGGCGUUUGGGACCCGAGGAUCAAGCGGGCUGUCGACUUCAUCGAGACCAAUUUUCCUAUUACAGCUAUAGCCAUGGCAGAAGCAGGUAACGAAAUAUACACCGGUGGUAUAGACUGCGAUGUAAAAGUGUGGGAUAUACGCAAGAAAGACGUUGCAUACCGUAUGCCCGGACACACGGAUACUAUUACUUCGUUGUCUCUCUCACCAGACUCGCAAUCACUGCUAUCUUACUCCCAUGAUGGACUUGCAAGAACAUGGGAUAUCAGACCGUUUGCGCCUGAUAACAGAAGCCUUAAGUCUUUCGCAGGAGCUCCGGUCGGCAUUGAGAGAAAUCUCGUCCGGGCGAGCUGGGACACCCGAGGAGAAAAGCUGGGUGUAGGGAGUGGAGACGGGAGUGUUUGCAUUUGGGAGAAUAGAGGUGGGAACUUGCUGUACAAAUUACCAGGCCACAAAGGGACCGUGAAUGACGUGCGAUUUGGGCCAGGACAAGAUCCCAUAGUGCUAAGUGCGUCCUCGGAUCGAAACAUGAUUAUAGGAGAGCUUUGA